AUGGAACAGUACACCUGGGAUGAUGUUGAACCACUUCCGCUCAACAUUGAAGACAGCUCAGUUGCUUCAAUCUUGUAUACGGAUAAGUUUAAAACAGUGAUGGGCCUAUUUAGGGCACUGCAGCAGAAGGAGGAAUACUCGGAACGUGCGCUGGCACUUACAGGCAGUGUGAUUGAGCUGAUCGCUGCGCAUUAUACGGUUUGGCAGUACCGCUACCAAAUUAUAAUCCGAUUGAAUAAGGAUAUCAACAAGGAACUGGAAUGGGUCGAUGAGAUAACACUGGACAAUCCCAAGAAUUACCAGAUUUGGGGUUAUAGGCAAUCACUGUUGAAACAUUUGAACAUGCGUGAUAUACACCGUGAUAUCCCCAUCAUCGACGUGAUGAUCGAGGACGAUCCGAAAAACUAUCACGUCUGGUCAUACCGUAAAUGGUGUGUGCAAUGGUGCGACGACUGGAGUAACGAGCUGCCAUUUGUCGAUAAGUGUCUCGAAAAGGAUGUUUAUAACAAUUCAGCAUGGUGCCAUAGGUACUUUACAGUAUGCCACGGUGAAAAACUCAGCGAACAAGUGUUUGAUUACGAAGUUGAGUACACAAUGGGCAAAAUAUCACUUGCUCCUCACAACGAAUCCUCCUGGAACUACUUGGUGGGGCUGUUUGAAAAGGCUGAUAAGUCUCUAAUUCCCCUUGAAAUUUUCGCUCAACGGUUUAUCAAGAUGGAAGGACCAAGUGACGCACACGAGAUAAGCCUGUGGGCUUUUGAAGUGCUGACACGCAUCUACAAAGAGAAAGGCGAGACGGCACAGGUGAUUGAGAACUACGAGCUUCUAAGGGACAAGUACGACGUGAUGAGAGCGAACUACUGGGACCACCAGAGGAAGCUGUUACUGAGCAACUGA